AACGAAGAGCCUCCUUUCAGCCUAGCUCUCUUGUCCUGCGCCGCACUAGAUCUACCGCUGAUAUAUUCACGAGUUCGCUCUCGUGAAGGGCAACUGACUGGUUUUUGAGGCACACGGACUCUACAACAACCCUUGAAAAGAUGGAGCAGUCACUAACGCUCACCUCUGCUCAGGUCCAGUUCAUGGAUGACCGACUGGCUCUCGUCCAUAUUCCACUGGACCUCUACCCAUACUUUUUAAAUCCAAUCCUUCAGGUCCUUUUCCACGAGGUACCACCACUCAAUGGAAGUCAUGCAGAUUUCCAAAAUGGUGGCUCCGACGGGGGCCACAGACGUGCUCAGCCUGCGUUUUUGAACCUCUCCAUCACACCAGUGGAAUGCUCCAUUAUGUGCCCUAGGCAACUCGCCGACAACUAUUUCGCUCCGUUGGUCGAACGGUUUGCUAAAGACAACUCAUCCAACCAAUGCCGCCUAUCUAUCAGUCGUGAGGACUUUGUUGCCAUGCAAGUGUAUGGUGAGGGUCUUGAAGCGGGUCAACGAGUACUCGAACUCACGAGUCCUUUAGCAAUGGCCGGAAUCUCUAUAUUUUUCAUUUCCACCUAUUUUUCAGAUUAUAUUAUUGUUCCUCUUCGCAGCAAAACGCAUGUAAUUGAAGCCUUGGAAAAGCGUGGGUUUCGAUUCGAGAUGUCGACAGACGCAUUCAUCAACAUCAAUCAGUUCAAAUCUUGCUUCAGUCCUGUGUCCUCUCGUUCCGCCAGUAGCCUAGGCUCACCACCUGCCACUCCUCCGCCAUCGUCCCUCGAUGAAUUACAGUCUCGCACCUUCUCCUCCUUGCGAAAGAAUAGCAUUAUCCCUUCCGUUGACAAAUCGCUCCGCUUGGUUCAAUGUGCAGUUCACCAUCGUGAUAGCAGUGAGAUCAGCUCCAUAGCCAUACUCCGUGAUGCCCUGACGAUAGCGUUGGUUGUGGACAAGCCACGCUUUCUCUCUCUCACCAUGACAGCAGCCGAUCCUGCGGCCUCACUUCUACUGGAAAAACGGCUAUUGCCCCGGUUUUCGAGUGACCCUACACUACCCGCUGAACCAGAUGACGAAACCAGCCUCUUACUCGGUUCAAAAGAGGAGAUCCUCGUUCCUAUCAUGUUGGAUCUGCGCAAUCUUCCGCUAGAGGCCACCGGUAUUGUUUGUGGGGUAGCCAGUAGGCUGGCAGAUGCUACGCAUGCUCGUGGCGAUGACAUCACGGACGGCUCUUCCACCGUCCUAUCUCAUUCUUUUAAUGGUUUUCCGUCCUUUGACGACACCAUCAGCCGGUUUUUCUCUACGAGUGUCGGAUCCGGCGGACCCGUGAAACCUCCGGCGCCGAGCUCUGGACGCAAAACCCCCAACAACGGCAACCCUACCCAUCACCUGCAGCCUGAUUUUGACAGUCCAAUAGAUGCUGUCGAGAUCAGCUUCCUCAGCACUGCGCGGGCGGGAACCAUCAUAGUCGGCGAGCACGAACUUCAGCGAGCGGUGGACGCUUUGGAUGCGGAGAGCAAUGAGCCCGAUGAACCUGAAGGAUUUGAGCUCUGAUCAUGCUUGGCUGGUUUGCCUCCGACUACCCACCUUGACCCAACAUAUCAAGCGCAUGGGCAGCUUUCCGCAGAAGGCUUUACUCUCAAUCUUCUUAUCUUUUGAUGAUCUCUUAAAGCUCUCUUCC